AUGACUGGGAUAUGUUUGCCUGAACCUUAUAACCCAAACACGCAAGUCAUUGGUCAGGGCAACACCGCACCUAAUUUUGCGGAAAAGUCAAAACAACUGACCUAUGAAUCUCUUAAGAAGAGUCCACCUAAAUAUGCAUCAGAAUAUAACGUAUUACAUGAGCCCAUAUCUACAAUCAGGCUCAGUAACAGUGUGUCCGAUACUCAUCGGCUUGGAAGAAACGUCUAUCAACCACCAGUUCAAAGAAGGACAGAAGAAAAAUCUAACCCAAACCACCUUAAAAAUAAUUUAAGUUAUAGUACAAAGUAUGACCAGUUGCCUGUUGCAGGAGUCAAAAUUCCAGUUUCUGGGAUGAAAAGAGUUGGAAUACCAAACAAAUUAAGUGGUGUAAGUAACAGAAAUAGAGGAGCCAAUUAUGAAUCGCUCACAUCAAGAAACUUUAACGACUCAUUUACUACCAACUGUGAAUAUCUAGAAAGAAUGUCAUCAAUUGAUAGCAAAGAUUUUGUCCCAUUUGAGACUAACGACCCAGACUUCUUAAGAAAUUUAAUGUACUAUGAGAAAUUGAAAAUGGGCCUUUUGGAUAGUUCAGAUAAGGACCAAACUCAGGUUAAAAGUAACUAUGAGACACGCAAUAAACUAAACGAUGUGAAUAAUCGCAAACAGAAUUAUAAUGAAAACUUGCUACAAAUGACUAAACCUCAGAACAAGUCUUCUCAGAUUCCAAAAUCGUCAUUUUCUCGUGACACAAAGAAUAAAUCUGAGGAAUGUAGAACAGAUUCGAAGUAUUAUGAGUUAUCAAAGGGAGAAUUAUGCAAUGGAAUCGCAUCGAUAGGAUUGGCUCUAAGUAAGGUGUUUAGGCUAACAGGUAGCGGAGUUUUGUUUCUAUGUAGUUCACUUACGGAUAAUUUAGAAGAAUUAAUUACAUCUCAUAAACAAAAGGACAAUAAAAGCGAAGAUAGUUCAUAUAUUAAUGAUAUUAGGAAUGCUAUGGCUAGUAUGUAUGACAAGGGUAAAGCUUAUAACUUAAAUAGUGAGAUUCACCACAAUGAAUCUGGUGGUCAAAAUCAUUACAAGUGUCAGUAUCCUUGCAGUUCACAUGACCAUAUGAAUAAGGAUUUACGACAUGUACCCUAUUUACGUGACACAUUUAACCCCAAAUAUGGUGUUAUGCGUGACCAUUAUAACCAGAAUUAUAACUUGAGAGAAAGUCAAGGUAAAAUGCAACAUUAUCAAGAAAAUUAUGGGAUUAAUAAGGGACUCGACACCAGACAUACUGUUUGUCAUACAGACUAUGACUACGAUAAGUAUGAUAGGCCCAUCAACAAUGAUUACAACAAUCCAAUUAUAUUAAACAAUAUUAGAAUUGACUACGACUCAGAUUUAGACGAUUUUGACAAUAAAAAUAACUUUAUUGACCUGAAUUCCAAUAUUUUUAGCAACUUUAGCAAUGGAAACAUCGGAGUUGGAAACUUAGACUACAAGUAUGAAAAUAAACCUGAUGUUAGGGGACAGUACGAUCUCAAGACUUCCAUACCAGUUUCCAAUCAGAGGAAUCCUGUUUCAAAUUUCAAGUUUACAAACUCUCCUAUGAUUAACAUGACGGCUCCAAAUGAUCGCAUAGGUCCAGGAGCCAAUCGCAUAGCUUCGGAUAUGAUUAAUUCCUUUGACUUUCACAAGACUGUUGACCAGGUUCAAAUGAAAAAGACCAAGGCCCCUCAGGAGCACUUUGCGGUCCCUAGUGUGGUAGGCUAUGGAUCAAAUAAUGCCAUGCCACCACAAACCUCUCCUGAACAUAACCAAAAUGACCUCUCUCUGUUAAAUACCCCAAAUUCAACAAACUCCCAAAACGGUAAUAUUAUCAUUAGGGCCACUCGAAGGCCUUCUGAAGUAACUGAUACUUCGAGUAGUUCCAGUACCAGUAACGCUAACACUAGUAGUGUGAACACGACCAGUGAUACUAGUUAUAACAGUAUAGACAAUACAACCAGCAGUACAAGUUCUAGUAAUAUAACUAGUAAUACAAGUUCUAGUAAUAUAACUAGUAAUACAAGUUCUAGUAAUAUAACUAGUAAUACAAGUUCUAGUAACAUAACUAGUAAUACAAGCUCUAGUAACAUAACUAGUAAUACAAGCUCUAGUAACACUGAUAGUAGCAAGAAUGAUAAUGUUAAUAACUAUACAACACCCGUUUAUAAAAAAUAUAAUAAUGAAGAGGAGAGAAUUAAUGAGAUAAAGAAGAUGGAGGUUAAACACGGCCUAAAUAUCAUUCUACAGGAACAGCAGAAGAAGAUAGAAGCUGAAACUUUCUCCGAUACGGAGGUAGAACCAAAUGAAAUAGAAUUAAAGAAGAAAGCAAAAAAGAAAAUGUUUAUAUUUUCAAGAAAAUAA